AUGGAUUGGCGUCCGAUGAGCAAUCGCGAGGAGAGGGAUCCGCAGCUGACAUUGCACAUAUUGGAAGGCAACUUCGAUGGAUUGUGUGUGGGAAGGGUUAUGUCAGAGGAGAUGGCGGUGGAGAUGGAUGAGGGAUUGUGGAGUCAAUUGACGGUUGACCUCUUGAGGAAAGUGCUUCUCCGACUGCCUUACGUCAGUCAAUUCCGCUUUCGGGCAGUUUGUAAAAUCUGGCUCGACAUGCUAUCUUCGUCUACCUUUUUGAGAGAGAGUGCAGCGAUUCGAUCGAGCAUCCCGGACACUCCUCCAAUCUGCGCGUACGAGUACGAAUGUCCAAAUCUUUUAGAAAGCAGCGUGUUACUUCCGACCGAAGGGUUCGAAGAGGUGAGGACGCCCUCGCAGACGCCGCAGCAGGGCGGAGAAGAGCUCGUCCAGAGGCUCCGAGAUGCGCUGCACAGGUCCGCCGGACGCCGGAAGAUGCAGAGGAUGGAUCUCUCCUUCGCACCUUCGUGGAUCAUGGCGAACAAAAUCACGGCGUCGAGAGACGGAUUGAUCUGCGCAACCCCUUGCAAAACCUCGAGACUCAAGGGCCCCAAGUCCGCCCACGGAGGGCUUUGUGUCCUGAAUCCGUUCACGAGGACCUGGCGGGAGCUUCCGCCCGUGCCCGAUCUGGUCGACGGCAAGACAUGGCCAUGGGCUCACGAGCUCAUGGUCGACAGGGCGUCGCCAUCGCACUUCCUCGUGUACGUCAUUCUCGGUACGAUGCACGGCGAGUGGUUCAUCUGUCGCUACUCCUCGAAGAACAGCGAUUGGGCCAUCAUUUCAGGAGACACCAAGUCUGCUCCCAUAGAUUGCCGCGACCACUUUUUUGCAGGUGGGUUCCUGUACUCGUGGAAAGUGGAUGGCAGUCUCUUGGUUUACAGUUCAGAGGAUGGCCAUCUCCUGACGAGCAGCCGGCCAGGGUACCCGGACUUGCCAUUCCGAGGUACGGAUUUCACAACCAUCAGCGUGGAGGUAUUAGAACACGAGGGCAGGAUUGUUGUAGGCUGGUCGCUGACCUUGAAGAAGCCGGCCAUGCCCAUCUUGGGGUUCAGCAUGCUGAGUACGGCCAUGAAGUGGGAGCAGCUAGUGAUUCUGCCAGAGGCCAUGAUGCACAACCGAAUCUCGGAGCUCGCCCUGGAGGAGGCCGAUCCUGAUGUGCCGCCACUGUCAUGGGAGCUGGAGGAUUACAAGGUGCUCAGCCUCGGGCACUUCAUCUGCUUUAAACUGACCCACCGGGAAACCUCGCACGAUUUCGUUUCUCACAACCUAGUGGGCUUUCACACUCCUUCCCAGACCUGGAAAAGCUUUGACUCCAGCUUCCCCCAUGUACUAGAGUCCACGGACAUCGAGUUUUUUGUUCCUACGUGUUUGCAAGUCCGUCUGUAA